AUGGGGCUCCUAGCCGAACUGCUGGUGGCUGCCUUGCUGAUAAUGGGGAUGCGGGGAGAAGGGAGGGAAGAGGGCAGAAUGGGAGGAGGAAGCGAUGUCAGAAGGUCAGUGCAAGACAGCAUGAUCUACAUCAGUACAAAGGUUCCAGAGAUAGAGGCCAACCAAGCUCACACUUUCCCGGUGCAUGUUGGAGGCUUGAUCGACGGCUUCCAGUAUCGCAUGCUCCUGAUAGUCUCCCAAGGGGGGGAGUUUGUGCAUGCAGAGGAGAGAAUGAUUGAGAAUGUCUCUGAGGUACACCCCACACUUCCUCCUCUGCAGCCCAGCAUGAACGAGUACGCGGUCUCAAUCUCCAUCUUGGAUCCUUCGCUGGAUCGGGACAAAGAGGAAGCACUCCUGGCUCGGCUGAUAAGGCACAUCAAGGUUUCCAACAAGGAAAGCUCAGUGAAAGCAAGCAGGAGGGACUGGGACUGCCAGACUGUUCUGGAGACGUAUGAUGCUGCCAGCGAUACCAGGUGUGAGUCAAGGGCUGCAGCCGCUGCAAAGGUGGCAGCGGCGACAGUCGGAACUGUCGACCGAGCAGUCGUGAUUUACAACCUUGCGCAUCGAUGGCGGGGCCCGUUGUCUGUUGUGUUCUACACCUCUACAGAGGAGGAGAGAGAGAUUGUGAGAACGUUUGUGAGGGAAGAGCUUAUCAGGGCGUCCAAGUCCUACUGCAAGAGCUUGUGGGUGCAGCUAGUCUCCGACUGCAAGGACAAGAACCAACCCGACGAUCAGUUCAGUUUUCCUGUGAACAAGCUCAGGUUCGAAGCGAUCAACGUACUCCCCCAUGACUAUGUGCUUUACGUGGAUGCGGAUUUCUUGCCGUCAGACAAUGCUCUUGUCGAGAUAGAGCGAGGGCUCAAAGAGUUUGAUGAGCUUGAGAGUGCGCUCCUGGUAAUUCCAUGCUUCAUGUCGGAUGCCGAUGCAAGUUGGCCUCGGCCGGUUGAAAGUCGAAGAGGAGAAGGAGGAAGAGGAGGAAGAGGAGGAGAGGAGAGCGAAGAUGAGACUUGGGAGGUGCCGAGCAUCGACCUGUCAACUCUGAAGCUUCACAUGAAGGGGAGGAAGGUCCGACCGCCUGGCGCCCCCUUCAACAUCCUCUCCCAUGGCGCGACGGACUACGCGCGAUGGCUGAGGGUCAACGGGACUGGCAGAGCAUACGAGGUCAGCUACAACAUGUGGUACGAGCCCUACGUAGUGGUGAACAGAAGGUUGUGGGGGGGGAUGAACGGAGGAGGGCUCUUCGACGAUCGUUUCGCCUUCGCGUUUGCUGACAAGGUCCAGUUGACCUACGAGGCAGCUGUCAUGGGGUACCGCUUCUUCGUGCUACCCAGCGUCUUCCUCAUCCACGUCCCGCAGGCCGCAGGCUUCAGAUGUCUGCCGUCCAGCCCCGAACUCUGCGCGCUGAGCUCCAAGGAUGUCGGGUGGAGAGCAGAGAACGUUGGCUUCCAGGCGAGCUUCGACCUGAUCCACUUCAUCCUAGACCUCCCAGUAUGGGAAUCGAGACCUUCGAAGCCGAGGAGCCGGCCCUGCUUCCUGCCCCCUUACAGGAUCCUGCGGGACUUGAGCACCAAGGAGCUUCUCUCCAUCCUCAUCCCCGACUACUCGACGAGAUCCAAAGGAUGGAGCUGCUGCUUCAACGUCUGCGAGCAUCUGCCAGUGAAGUUGCUCCACUUUGCUCACGCCUUCCUCGAGCAGAACCUGCUGGACCCUGAUGACGCGGCGACUGCCCUCCAGCACAGCGAGGCGCUCCGUGUCGGGAUGAGGAAAUGGUGUGCUGACGUCACCCCGUUGUCAGGGUACCUGGUGAACACUCGCCAGGCUCAGAUUGCGCUGGAGAGGCUGGUGCUGGAGGGAGGGCAGGGUGAGGCCGGAGCCUUCACCCACUACCUGGAGGAGGAGGGAGUGGUCACCAUGCUGAAGCCUGUGCGCGAGGAGGGCGAGUUUCUCCUCCUGCAUGCAGACAACCUCCCCUCCUGCGAUCUUGUCGGGCCUGUUUACAGGUGCCUCAUCACGACAGUGGACAACUCGACUGGGAUGAAUGGAUUCGGGUACCGGAUGGAAACUCACCUCUACGAGAAGUACUCAGGUCGGACUUACUUCUCCAACGUCUCCCAGCUGAAGUUUGUGGGAGAGGAGGAGGAGGAGCUCGCCUACGAGUUCAGCUAUCAAGUACCCAGGCUUGCUGGAGGAGAUUUUACGCUGACUUGCCGGCUGUUGGAUGAAUACCCUGACCUCGCUCCCGGCGAGGAGCUCGUCGGAGCGAGGACCCUCGCCCUAUUCGUCGAUGCUUCCUCCUCGGAUUGCCAGCAGAACACAGCAGGAGCGGAUCAGGAGGUCGACAACUCGCGCAAGCAACCAGUGGAGGAGAAGGUGGAGGAGAAGGUGGAGGAGGUGGAGCAACAGGAAACUAGAGAGCAUGUAUGUGCGAGCUCGGAGUGGUGCGUGGAUGUUGUAACUUCACCAACCAUCGCCAAGAGCAUCGCAAGGCUUCGUCGCCUUACUCGUGAUCCUCUUCCUCUCCCGCUAAGGUCCAUCUCGAUGCCAGAGAUCGAAGACUUCCUGGCUGCUAGGGACGAGACCGUUGCGGAAGCGAGAGGAGCAAGACAAUUCACGGACCCACCUUCGAUGCAUGUGGAGGACAACUACAUCCCCUCCUACGAGGAGAGCCUGUACAAGUUCUGGUCGAUGCUCCGCCAGGGAACACCCUUCGCGCUCCUGCGCUUCGGGGAUGGGGAGCUCGCGCUGCUGAACGGGGAGAGCUACCAGUCGAGGAUCGACGUUGUUCAAUGGUCGUCCCUCUCUAGCGACAGGGAGAGGGAGAGGAUGAAGCUUCUGCUCGCGGACGCGUUCGCGCUCGCUCAAGGAUGCAGCGCAGCUCCUGUCCUCAACAGCAGCUGCGUGUACCUCGGACUUCCCGUCUACUUCUGUGCUGAAGGGACAGAGACUUAUCUCAAGGGUGGAGGAGGAAGGUGGGAGUGGCUGGAGUCUUACUACAAGCAGCCGGCGAUCGCAAGUUACCUGGAGCGGACCCACAUGAGGUUCUUGACUCAGAGCUGGCUGUGGGGCAACCUGAACUAUCAGACAACGUUGGACAUGCUGGAAGAUGUCGGGAGAUAUCGAAGAAUCAUCCUAGUCUGCAACGAAGAGAUCAGAGGUCGCUCCUCCUUCGACGAUCUUCCUAGUUGGAUCUCAACGAUCCUCACGGUUCCAGGGGAGGGACUGCGCUGGUUCUCUGCCAACUUCGAUCAAGUCGUGGACCAGGCGGCAUGGCUGGCGAGCAGCGUGAACGACUGCGUCUUCGCCUUCGCCGCCGGGCCCAUCAGCAACCUCCUGAUCCCAGUGAUGUGGCGAGCAAACCAGCACAACACAUAUGUUGACUUCGGCGGGACUCUCGACCUUGUUGUUCUCGGAAGGUCGACGAGGGACUUUCACCCCGACACGUCCGAGGGGGAGAAGACAUGGGUGAAGGCAGGAGGAGCGUUGCAGCCAGAUUAUGACGCUGGGAAGGAAGUGGUACGUAAAGUUACACCCGAAUGGCUCGAAAGCAUUUUCAACGUGGUGAAGAUAGUAGUUUGA